ACCUCGGGAACCCUGCAGGCCUGUUUUGGGACAAUGCCCUUUACAGCAACCAGCGGGUUGUGCUACCAGGCAGCAGGGGCCAUGCAGCAGCUCCAGACUGGUGCAGAAACAUUCCUCGGCGGAGCCUCCAGCAGUGGGGAAGCAGCAGCCGGGACCUCGGGAACCCUGCAGGCCUGUCUUUGGACGACGCCCUUUACGGCAAUUAGCGGGAUGUGCUACCAGGCAGCAGGGGCCAUGCAGCAUCUCCAGACCGGUGCGGAGCCAUCUAGCGAUGGAGCCUCCACCAGCAGGGAAGCAGCGGCCGGGACCUCAAGGGGAACCCUGCAGGCCUGUCUUGGGACGACGCCCUUUACGGCAACCAGCGGGAUGUGCUACCAGGCAGCAGGGGCCAUGCAGCAUCUCCAGACCGGUGCGGAGCCAUCUAGCGAUGGAGCCUCCACCAGCAGGGAAGCAGCGGCCGGGACCUCAAGGGGAACCCUGCAGGCCUGUCUUGGGACGACGCCUUUUACGGCAACCAGCGGGAUGUGCUACCAGGCAGCAGGGGCCAUGCAGCAUCUCCAGACCGGUGUGGAGCCAUCUAGCGAUGGAGCCUCCACCAGCAGGGAAGCAGCGGCCGGGACCUCAAGGGGAACCCUGCAGGCCUGUCUUCGGACAGCGCCCUUCACCACAACCAGCGGGAUAUGCUACCAGGCAGCAGGGGCCAUGCAGCAGCUCCAGGCUGAUGCGGAAACAUUCCACGGCGGAGCCUCCAGCAGUGGGGAAGCAGCAGCCAGGACCUCGGGAACCCUGCAGGCCUCUUUUGGGACGACGCCCUUUACGGCAACCAGCGGGUUGUGCUACCAGGCAGCAGGGGCCAUGCAGCAUCUCCAGACCGGUGCAGAGCCAUCUAGCGAUGGAGCCUCCACCAGCAGGGAAGCAGCGGCCGGGACCUCAAGGGGAACCCUGCAGGCCUGUCUUCGGACAGCGCCCUUCACCACAACCAGCGGGAUAUGCUACCAGGCAGCAGGGGCCAUGCAGCAGCUCCAGGCUGAUGCGGAAACAUUCCACGGCGGAGCCUCCAGCAGCGGGGAAGCAGCAGCCGGGACCUCGGGAACCCUGCAGGCCUCUUUUGGGACGACACCCUUUACGGCAACCAGCGGGUUGUGCUACCAGGCAGCAGGGGCCAUGCAGCACCUCCAGACCGGUGCAGAGCCAUCUAGCAAUGGAGCCUCCACCAGCAGGGAGGCAGCGGCUGGGACCUCAAGGGGAACCCUGCAGGCCUGUCUUGGGACGACGCCCUUCACAGCAACCAGCGGGUUGUGCUACCAGGCAGCAGAGGCCAUGCAGCAUCUCCAGACCGGAAGCAGUGGCCGGGACGUCGACAAGGACCCUGCACCCUGUAUGUCCAUCGCUCAUUUCACCUAG